AUGAGCACGCUCUUCGACUACUGGAACAACGCGGCGACCACCCCCGGCCUCAACGCCACCCAGGUGGCCGCCGACGUCAAGGACCUGCUGACGCAGACCGCCCAGCAGGCGGCCGCCAGGCCCAGCAGGUUCGUCACGGCCUACAUGGACGCCUCCAGCACCGCCAUCCCGACGCUCUACUCCCUGGCGCAGUGCACGCCGGACCUGUCAGCCGGCGACUGCAUGGCGUGCUUCCAGCAGAUCCUCGGCACGCUCAACGCCACGACGCCAGUGGCAGGGCGGGUCCUCCUGCUGCGUUGCAACUUCAGGGUCGAGAACAUCAUGUUCUUCGACGGCGCACAGAUGAUGCAGAUCACGCCGUCAUCCGGCGCUCCGGCACCACCACUUCCGGCUCCGACGACAAAUAAAGGAUCUGGGGUGAGGCCAUGGGUAAUUGCGGUGUCUGUUGCACCUCCUGUAGCGGUAGUAGCAUUCUGCUUCAUCCUUUACUGCCGUUGGCAAAGGAGAAGAAGGUACAGAAAAGGUGGAUCUAGAUUACGUCAAAAGCAUACUCACAACAACUUGAAAGGAGACGAGCUAGAUUGGGAAAUGGAAGCAGAGCUCUCCAGUUUUCUGUUUUUGACUUUCAUCAGAUAUUGGAGGCUACAAAUAACUUGUCUGAAGAAAAUAAACUUGGGGAAGGGUCAGUUUCCCGAUGGAAUUGAGAUAGCUGUUAAGAGACUCGCUUCACAUUCAGGGCAAGGUUUCGUAGAGUUCAAAAAUGAAGGAGAGGAGAAAAUUUUGGUCUAUGAAUACUUGCCAAAUAAAAGCUUGGACUUCUUUAUCUUUGAUGAAAAUAGAAAAUCAUUACUGGAUUGGAACAAACGUCUAGCCAUAAUUGAAUGGAUAGCAAAAGGACUUCUCUACCUACAUAAGCACUCACGCUUGCGUGUUAUACAUCGAGAUCUUAAACCAAGUAACAUUCUUCUAGACAGUGAAAUGAAUCAUAAAAUUUCAGACUUUGGGCUAGCAAAAAUAUUUAGCUCAAAUAACAAUGAAGGAAGCACUACAAGGAGAGUGGUUCGUACAUAUGGCUAUAUGGCUCCCGAGUAUUCCUCCAAGGGCCUCUUCUCUAUCAAAUCUGAUGUAUUCAACUUUGGUGUGCUCAUUCUUGAGAUACUUAGCGGAAAAAGGAAUUCUGGUAGCCAUGAUCGUGGAGAUUUCAUAAAUAUUCUUGGAUAUGCAUGGCAAUUAUAUGAAGAGGGGAGAUGGAGGGAACUCAUUGAUUCUUCAUUGGUACCCAUGCAUCACUCAACUGAAAUCAUGAGGUGCAUGAACAUUGGAUUGUUGUGUGUACAAGAGAAUGCAGCUGAUCGACCAACCAUGUUAGAUGUUGUUACAAUGCUAAGCAACAAAGCUAAGAUCCUGGCUAAGCCGAAUCACCCAGCAUAUUUGAAUGUACGGGUAGGAAAUGAAGAGGACUCCACUACUGGUACUGUGUCACGCAGUAUGAAUGAAAUGACCAUAUCUGUCACAACUGGUACAUAG